AUGAUGGGCGUUUCAUACGUAACGACCGAUCACAUCAAAAGUCACUUGCAGAAAUAUCGGAUGCAAAUGAAGAAAUCUGACGACAUCAUCUCAUCUUCUCCAGCUAUGAUCAGCAAUGAACAGGAGGCAGAGAAGAAGAAAAAGAAGCGAAAGAAUCAAACAAAAUCGGAAAAGGACAACACAAAGCAACUAAUAACUGUUGAGGAAAAAAAAUGUACAGAAUCGAUCGAACCAGCCCAGAAUAUUGCAUCUUGCUCAGCAUCUAGUACAGGACAAAGUAGCAACAAUUCUAUUGGAUUUAACAAUUGGAUGCAAUCAUCAAACAGCGGAUCUAGCUCAUCAACAACUACGACACCUUUUACAAUGGGGGUGGAACAACACGUUUCAGAAAGAGACAACGAGCAACAUCACAACGAGGCUAGUAACAGCAAUUUUUCCUUCCUUAAAAAAGUUUUUACUCACAGCGCUGAGUCGUUUCUGUUUGACAACACAAACAGCCAAUCUAGUUUUUUAAUUCCUUCACUCUCAAAUUUAGCAUCAGAGGAAAUAACAAGUAAUCAUUUGUCAGUUUUUGCUGAAUCUAACGCCAAGGAUAAUCUGAAUAUAUCUGGACAUUCUCUUGGGUUCAACAUUCAAAACGAUAAAGAAUUUGUGACGUCUUCAGCCAAAGAGUCCGAGAAAAAUCAAUACAGACAAGUAGGUCAGCAUACAUUGCCACAGCAGACAAAUCAGAAUAACGGUGAAGCUGUUCAGGCAGACCAAACAGCCACACCACAGGCUACUUCUUUUUUGGAGCAAUAUUCGUCGUUGCUGUUUGAUAUGUGUCGAACAGAUGAAGAAGUGCGCCAAUUAUUUCUUGAGGCGAAACAUUUAGCAAAAUCAGACGAUCAUUUUAUAUUCAUUCUGCAUGGCUUUAGAUUAGGGGUGUUGUCUGGCUUACGGAUGGCUAAACAACAACACAAAUAG